AUGGACUCGAAAGACGCGGAGAUAAAUCGGCAUCCCAAUGAUCACAAUCAAGCGACACAUCUCCCCAGAACGUUACAUUUUACACUGAAACCCGUCGACCGGCUGAAGGGCCAUGAAGACUUCGACUCAUGGCUGUACUACGUCAAGGUACAUCUAGAGUCACUGGGUCUGAAGGACUUGCUCGAUAGGUCUAUACCUAGGCCAAAGGAGACAUGGAACACGUACAAGAUCUGGACCGAAUGCUCUAUCAAGGUUCGCAUUUGGCUUGCGGACAGUAUCUCAUGGGAUGUCGCGCAAUUGAUGGAGGCGAAUCCUGAACCGGCUAUGUUCGCAGACGAUUAUCUGGCGAAACUGGACAUGGUUGUAUUCUGGUUUGCUUACCAGAACCCUCAGUUGGUGUAUGAUGAUGCACUUCGCGUCAAGAGGAAGAAUUACCCAAAUCUUCUGGCGUUCGUUAAGGAUUUGAGAGCCAAGUUUGCUUUGGCGAAAAAAGUGGGAGUUAUGCUGCCCCACGAAUCAAUGAGGAUACUUUUAGGAGAGGUUAGGGACGAUAUGCCUGCAUACGUGGCAAAGGCGCUUGUCUCGGUCAAUUCGUCUCCGUAUCAAGUGAAGGACGAGAAUGUCUCCAUGGUUUUCCAGGAUGUUACAGCUUAUGCUAGAGCACGAAUGAUGGCAUGA